AUGCCAUCAGCACCAUUAUCUACCCCCCUCACCACCCUGCUGGGCAUGAAGCACCCCAUCAUGCUCGCCGGCAUGGACCAAGUUGCAGGUCCCCGACUUGCAGCCGCCGUGUGCAAUGCAGGAGGCUUUGGCACGCUCGGCGGCGCUCGCUACACGCCCCAGAUGCUAAGGGACAUGAUUAAGGAACUCAAGGACGAUCUGGUGGAUAAGAAUGCCGCUUUUGGAGUCGACCUACUGAUCCCGCAGGUCGGCGGGAGUGCGAGAAAGACGAAUUAUGACUACACGAAAGGAAAUCUCGGGGAGCUGUUAGAUAUCGUCAUUGAGAGUGGAGCGAAGCUGUUCGUUUCGGCCGUUGGUGUGCCCCCAAUUUGGGCAAUUGAGAAGCUCCACAAAGCAGGCGUGCUAUACAUGAAUAUGGUCGGCCAUCCGAAACACGUACAUAAAGCCUGCCAAGCAGGUGCAGACAUAAUCUGCGCACAAGGCGGCGAAGCUGGAGGUCACACUGGCGACAUCCCCACGAGCAUCUUGACGCCGGCAUGCGCCGACAUAUGUAAACAGUACAAGUCGCCGCUUACGGGAAAGCCCGUAACGCUUGUAGCGGCGGGCGGCAUCAACGAUGGCAGAAGCGUGGCGGCGGCUCUGAUGUUGGGAGCAAGCGGCGUGUGGGUCGGAACCAGAUUCAUCGCGAGUGUGGAGAGCAAAGCGCCAGAAGAUGCAAAGAAAGAAGUUAUCGAUGCCGGCUACGACUCCUGGAUCAAGUCGACGAUUUGGUCGGGGCGGCCGUUGCGUGCACUGCGAAACCCUUACAUCGAAGAUUGGGAGAACAAUCGACAAGAUGAGAUCAAAGAGCUCAGUGCAAAGGGUCUAGUACCUUUGGAAUAUGAACUGGACAGGUUGCACAAGGAGGGGAAGCUGACCGAUGAAAUUCAAGAUAUGACGGCACUGAGGUAUGAAAAAACAUAA